CAAAGGUAGAGAAUAUUAUAUAAUGCUGACUCAACCUCAGAACGAUCGAAGCACCAAUACAGAAAAGGUAACAACUGAUCUUGAAUUCCUUUUCCCCCAUAUUUCUUGUGGGAACUGAAGUAUCCACUUGGUGGGUAUUUAGUUCAUAUCCAAAAGCCUGACGCUAUAAAAUAUUAGCCAGAAUUGACACGUUCAAGCCAGCCGGCCAUCAUUCGGAAGGACUCAAUAAACCCUUGCUGAUGGGAGAAAAUGCAGAUCCAAAUCCAACAGAUAUUGAUCCGUGAAUGCCACGACAAGAAGAGGUGUUCUGCAACACCAUCCCCCUGACCAUGUCAGCAUCACUUGAUUCACCACGUUGUCUGCCUACGCCAAAUCGUGUUCUUCGAUGUAAAUCUAUCCCUCGUAUGAGCCAGGAGUUUGUCAGCAUUCUGUUUCACUUUUCCCUGGCAACAACAGGAGUGCCUUUUCGGAACCAUCAACGGACCCACACUGGAAUACGAUGCAUAACAAGACCUAGCGGAAGGCUAAGUAGCCAUCAGCUAUGGUACGUUCUUCUUUUUCCUCGUUUCAUUUUGUUCAAUCUCUUUUUGGAGAAACUUGAGGUUGUAGAAGGAAAGGUGGACUGGAAGGGAAAAGCAGCUGUGAAGUAUAAACAUGGAGGGAUGAGAGCUGCUUUGUUCAUUCUAGUGACGUUUGCAUUUGAGAACAUGGCAAAUCUUCAUCUGGCUGUGAACCUGGUGACUUACUUCAAUGGGAUUUUGCACUUCGAAAUAGCUGAUGCAGCUAAUGCUCUGACAAACUUCAUGGGGACUGGUUACAUCCUUUCCAUUCUCUUUGGAGUCCUCUCAGACAGUUAUAUUGGCAGAUUCAAAACUGUUCUCAUUUCAGGAUCCAUCGAGUUUUUGGGACUAGCAAUGCUCUCGGUGCAAGCUCACUGUCCGAGCCUCAAGCCAUCUGCUUGUAACGUCUUUGAUCCAACUUCUCGCUGUGAGAAAAUAAAAAAUGGUGAUGCUGCAUUCCUCUACAUUGCUUUAUACCUGGCUGCUGCCGGCACAGGAGGGAUUAAAGCUGCGGUGCCAUCUCACGGAGCUGAUCAGUUCGAUGAGAAAGACCCCCGGGAGGCUAAGCACAUGUCCAGUUUCUUCAACUUGUUACUAUUUGCCUUGUGCCUGGGUGGUGCAGUUAGUUUAACGCUCAUUGUCUGGGUUGAUGAUCACAAAGGAUGGGAUUUGGGACUUAUGGUCUCUGCCAUCGCCAUGGUCUUGGGUGUCAUCAUAGCCGUAGCUGGGUGGCCAUUGUAUAGGAUACAUAUUGUUAAAGGAACUAGUGUUAUCGUGGAAAUCAUUCAGGUUUAUGUUGCAGCCAUCCGUAACAGAAAUCUUCAACUCCCUGAGAACCCUCUGGAGCUUUAUGAGAUUGAUAAGGACAAGGAAGCUGCUGUGGAAGCUGAUCUCCUGCCUCACAGAAACGUUUACAGGUUCCUGGACAAAGCAGCCAUUCAAACAGCAUCUACAGCGCAGUCUCCAAAUCCAUGGAAACUCUGCAGGGUAACUCAAGUAGAAAAUGCAAAAAUCAUACUUGGAAUGAUCCCAGUUUUUGCUUGUACCAUAAUCAUGACCCUUUGCCUAGCUCAACUCCAAACCUUUUCCAUCCAACAAGGCCUUACCAUGGAUACAACCAUCGUUGGCUCUUUCCACAUACCACCUGCCUCUCUGCCAAUAAUUCCUGUUGGUUUCUUGAUCAUCAUAAUUCCCUUUUAUGACCAAAUUGUCGUUCCCCUCCUCCGGAAGUUCACAGGGCAUCCCACAGGUAUCACUCACCUUCAACGUAUAGGAGUUGGCCUUAUUCUCUCUUCUAUAUCCAUGGCUGUGGCUGCAAUAAUGGAAGUGAAACGCAAAGCUGUGGCACGAGACCACAACAUGCUAGAUGCUAUUCCAGGGCUCCAGCCAUUGCCUAUUAGCACAUUCUGGCUCUCAUUCCAGUACUUCAUAUUUGGAAUUGCCGACAUGUUCACGUAUGUGGGUCUUCUUGAAUUUUUCUAUUCAGAGGCUCCAAAAGGACUAAAAACGGUCUCUACUUGCUUUUUGUGGAGUUCCAUGGCACUUGGGUACUAUCUCAGCAGCAUUUUGGUUAAGAUAGUCAAUAGAGCAACAAAAGAUAUUACAAACAGUAGAGGCUGGUUGGCAGGCAACAACAUUAACAGAAAUCAUCUGAAUCUCUUCUACCUGUUGCUAUCCUUACUGAGUUUGGCCAAUUUCAUUGUCUAUUUGUUCGUUGCAAGCCGUUAUAAAUACAGGUCUGAGUGCCCUGUGGUUCUUUCUGGCGAUGACAAAUCCGGAGACAAGACAGAAGGUAAUUAG